AUGUAUAGAAGUGGACCCCGGGCACCGUUCAAGGCACCACGACCGCUUGGUGUGCUGUCACUGCAAAUCCUGGCACCCAGUAGCAGUCCAGUGGUGGCCCCAAAACCAAAAAUUGUCGGAUCAAUUCCCAAUAAAACGGCAACCAAGACCCAUUCAUCUGGAUCUUCUCAGAGUUCAACUUCUCACUUUGAUGGGACAAAUCCGGCCAAGAGACAGAAGGUAGAAGGGAAACAAUUCUACAUAGUUCAAUGGAGAAAGAAAACCACGAAAAAGAACAAAACUUGGGAUGGUGAUGGGUACAUUGUCUUCAAUGGAUCAUCAAUAACAUUCAAGUGCGAUGUUAAGGGAACACGACAAUAUAGAGCCAUGGGGAGUGUUCCGAGGAAGAAUAUUGACGGAAUUAUAUCCAUAGGUUCGUAUGAGAUUGAGGUGGAUUACGAGAUCAAAGAUCAAAGAGAGUUGGAAGAAUUAACCGGGCCGUUAGAAACGGUGAAACAACCAAAUCUCGCUGCAACCACAGAAAAAGUGAUGUCAGUUCAAUCACAAUAUAAAAAAAUGAUACCUACCAAGGUUAUCGAAAAUACUCUUAGUGAUAAUGAUACUAAUAAUGGGGGUGAGAUUAGUCUGUUAUCUCCUCGCCAAUCUGUACAUGAUCCUAAUGGUCCUGAUUCCCUUGUAAUGAAAAAAAUACAAGAAGACUCUAUUGAUGUUGUAGUUGAUCCUAUUCUUUCGAAGGCAUUAAGACCUCAUCAACAGGAAGGAAUUCGAUUUCUUUAUGAGUGUGUAAUGGGGAUGAGACGUCUGGGCUAUUAUGGAGCAUUACUUGCUGAUGAAAUGGGUUUGGGGAAGACUUUAAUGACAAUAUCGUUAUUAUGGACUCUAUUACGUCAAACUCCAUACCCAUCGGAUAGGUCACCUAUAUGUAAGAAGAUUCUUAUUGCUUGUCCAGUAACACUCCUUGGAAAUUGGAAACGUGAAUUCAAAAAAUGGUUGGGUAUGAAUCGAGUCAGUGUGUUGACUUUAAAUAGUAAACAGACAGCUAUUAAAGAUAAACAAGAUGUGAAGAACUUUGGUAAAACUAGAGUUUACCAGGUGCUCAUUAUGAGUUACGAAAAGAUUACUAGUUGUCAAGAGGAGUUAAAAAGUACCCAGUUUGACUUAUUGGUUUGUGAUGAAGGCCAUAGGCUCAAGAACAGUAGUAAUAAGGCAGUGCAAGUUUUCAAUGGACUCAAUAUUAAACGAAAAGUUCUCCUUACAGGAACUCCAAUGCAAAAUGAUCUUGUGGAGUUUUUCAAUAUUGUGAACUUUAUCAAUCCGGGUGUUUUGGGCACCUUUGCAUCCUUUCAGCGAGAUUAUCUAAAGCCCAUCCUUCGAUCUAGAGAGGUCAAUUGUAUUAACCAAGAAACUAUACAACGAGGGGAAUCCAAGUCCAAGCAACUUGUAGAACUAACUAAAGACUUUACAUUAAGAAGAACCAGUGCAAUUCUUUCCAAUUAUUUAACUUCCAAGACAGAUCUCGUUCUCUUCUGUCCACCAACAAAGCAACAAGUGGAACUCUUCAAAUUCAUUUUCAACACACAAAAAUUUAAACGGUUAAUAUCCAACUCAAAUGGGACCAAUUCUAACGACUCUUUGGCAAUGAUAACCUUAUUCAAGAAAAUUUGUAACUCACCAUCGUUGUUACUGCUGGAUAAAAUCUUUCAAUCUUUGAAUUAUAAGCAGCUCCCCUUGGAGAAAAUAAGUAGUAAAAUAAAUGUAUUGAUCCCAUUACUUCUUGAAAUACGAAGGAAAGGGGAUGAAAAGACAGUUAUCAUUUCUAAUUAUACACAAACAUUGGAUUUACUUGAGGACGUCUUAAACAAACUAAAUAUAUCUUUUCUUCGAUUGGAUGGAUCAACUCCAAACAAAAGCAGAGAUAAACUAGUGUCUGAUUUCAAUACCUUACCAAUUUCCUCUAACUCAGUCUUUCUUCUUUCAGCCAAAUCUGGUGGGGUUGGAUUAAAUUUAAUUGGCGGAUCAAGAUUAGUCCUUUUUGAUAAUGAUUGGAAUCCAGCUGUAGAUCUUCAAGCUAUGGCACGGAUACAUCGAGAUGGACAGAAGAAACCAGUGUUUAUCUACAGAUUGAUGACUACUGGGUGUAUAGAUGAAAAGAUAUUCCAGAGACAAUUGAUGAAAAAUAGUUUGAGUGAUACUUUUGUUGAUAACAAAUCUGAUUCAAAGACAGAUGUUUUUGAAAUGAGCGAUCUAAAGGAUCUUUUCACCGUCAGUGAGACCAAGAGUAACACUCACGAUCUACUUGAAUGUGAUUGUUGUGGAAUUGGGGAAGAUUUGGCCGAAGAAGAUGGAGAAGAAGUUGAUGAAGAUAACGCGGAUGCUGAAGAAGAAGAAGAAGAAGAAGAAACUAUUUCUGAUCAAUACUCUUCUCAGGGAGGUGGGUGGAUGUCCGCAUUAAAUUACAAACAAGAUGAUAAAACUGGAAUCAAAAAAAAGGCAAGUAUCAGGAAUGCAUUAGUUGAAUACAACCAUUAUGAUCCAGCUUGUUAUGAUAAACUUACUGAAUGUGGGGAUCCAAUAGUCGACGCAAUAAUAAGAAACUCCUCUGAUUGCCCAUUGACUUAUUUGUUAACAAAAAGUAAUCGAGAAGAAAUAAUUUUAGAGAAAGAAUAA